AUGGAGUUUGACGGAAGUGAUAUUUUUGAUUCUCAAGAUUUUUUAAUUGGAGAAGAACCUGAUACGGAAUUUCAAUUUUCUGAAGAAAAUGACAUCCAACCAUUGACUAAUCAAGAGGAAAUCAAUUCCGGUUCAUCAUCCGCUUCGUCGUCGAAUGCUGAGCAUUCCACGGCUGAUAAAAAUAAUGAUGAAUCGGUGCGUUCUAGGCUGGGUGACCUUGCUUCAAAUAAGGCAGGGUUACAAGGAGUCGACAAAGAAAAGAUUAAUCAAGUUAUCUAUGAAGCUUCAAAGGACUCAGCGUUUUAUCACAAUGAAGCCAGAAAGGAUGAGGCUCUAAAGCACAAAACCGAACAGCUAUUAAAAAAAUACGAAGCUCUCAGAAGACAAGAUUUAUCUAGUUUUGAUAAUAAAGUUAAUAAUUUGGUGCAAGCUAUGGAACGUAAGAGGGAUUUAUCUCGCAUAAUAGUACAUAUUGACAUGGACGCUUAUUAUGCAGCAGUCGAAGAAAGAGAUAAUCCUUCUUUGCGUGGCAAACCAAUGGCUGUUGGAAGUAAUUCUAUGUUGAGCACAUCGAACUAUGAAGCCAGACGUUAUGGUGUACGUAGUGCUAUGCCGGGUUUCAUUGCUAGAAAGUUAUGCCCAGAACUUAUUAUUGUUCCAUGUAAUUUCGACAAAUAUCAUGCAGUCGCGAAGCAAAUACGUGAAAUUUUUGCUCGUUAUGAUCCAAAUUAUACUCCAAUGAGCUUGGAUGAAGCAUACUUGGAUAUUACGGAAUAUCUUAAAACAACUGAUAAAACCCCUGAUGAAGCUGUUGAGCAAAUCCGUAAAGAAAUAUAUGAAGAAACAAAAUUGACAGCUAGUGCAGGUAUCGCCGCCAACAUGUUGUUAUCUAAAAUAUGUUCUGAUUUUAACAAACCAAAUGGGCAAUAUCGACUUCCAAAUAAUAUUAAUGAUAUCAUGAGAUUCAUUCGACCUCUUCCUGUUCGUAAAAUCCCUGGCAUUGGUCGAGUUACUGAGAGAAUUUUGAAGGAGUUAGACAUUAGUACAUGUGGUGCGAUGCUCGACACUAAACUCCGCGAACUAGUUGAUCAUUUGGCAGCUGACCUUGCUAAGGAAUACCUCCACGGAAAAACUAUUGCGUUAACAUUCAAAUCU